AUGAUUCCAAUUCUUUUUCUGACUCUGAUCAGCGCUGCGGCUGCUGGUAAGACUGUCACAGUAACCUUCCAUGGCUCAACCUACUACCUUACUGGCCCGACCACUCUUCACUGGGCUUCAACAGAUACCAAAAUCAAGACAUUCUACUCUACCGAGGUCAACACUCUCCCGGAUGGUACUGAUAGCGUUACCAGCCAGCCUGAUACCACUUUGAUCCCAACUCCUACCAGUACGCCUGCAGAUCCUCCUGAUACUUCGGCAGAUCCUCCUGUUACCUCUGCCAAACCUCCUGCUACCUCUGCCAAACCUCCUGCUACCUCUGCCGAUCCUCCUGCUACUUCGGCUAAACCUCCUGCUACUUCAGCGGAUCCUCCUGCUACUUCAGCAGACCCUCCUGCUACCUCUGCCGACCCUCCUGCUACCUCUGCCGACCCUCCUGCUACCUCUGCCGACCCUCCUGCUACCUCUGCCGACCCCCCUGCUUCCACUGAUAAACCUCCUGCUACCUCUGCUAGCCCCCCUGCUACUUCUGCCGACCCUCCUGCUGAUUCGGGAGCCGUGCCUGCUACUACUGUAUCUUUCCACGGCUCUGAGUACACAUUGACUCACGAUACUACUCUCACUUGGCAAUCUGUCGAGUCUCGUACUCUCACCUUCGUUUCAACUAUUUGGCCCUCCGUUCCUGCUAAACCGACUUCAACUGGUGGAGAGGACGAGGUAACUACUACAAUCACCGAGCCUUGUACUCGUUGCACUGAAACUGAACCUGGUACCGUUGAAACCACUGUAACAGAAACCGAAACCUGCACCGAGUGUGAGAAGACCAAAUCAAAGGAGACUUCCCAGACCCCUACUCCUGGUCCUUCUUCUAAGAAGCCCGCUCCUGGUCCUUCGUCGAAGAAUCCUGCACCUGGUCCUUCAUCCAAGAAUCCUGCCCCUGGCACCUCAUCUGGGAAGCCCGCUCCUGGCCCUUCUUCUCACACCCCUGCUCCUGGCCCCUCCUCUGAGAAGCCCGCUCCCGGUCCUUCCUCCAAGAACCCUGCUCCUGGCCCCUCUUCUGAGAAGCCUGCUCCCGGUCCUUCUUCUGAGAAGCCCGCUCCUGGUCCUUCCUCCAAGAACCCUGCUCCUGGUUCUCCCUCUGAGAAGCCUGCUCCCGGUCCUUCAUCUAAGAACCCUGGUCCUAGCCCCUCUUCUGAAAAGCCCGCUCCUGGUCUUUCUUCUGAGAAGCCUGGCCCUUCGUCCAAGUCCCCUGCUCCUACGCAGCCUGCCCCUGGAAACCCGACUCCCACGCAGCCUAAACCUGGAAAUCCGACUCCUAAUGAGCCUAAUACUCCAGAGAAUCCUGCCCCCAAGCAACCCUCUCCUGAGUCGCCUGCUCCCCCACAGCCAACCCCUGAGGGACCCAACUCAGACCAUACCCCUCCCGAUUCUCAGAACCCUCCCACUAAUAACAAUCCUGGUAAACCAGGCACCAAAAACACUCCUGAUGUGCCUGAUACCAAUAACAACAACCCUCCCGGCCAGUCAGGCUCCAAUGAUACCCCUGACCAGUCUUCGCCUAACGAAGAUACACCUGAAAACCCCAAUUCCCCUCAGGCAUCAUCUCCAAACACACAGCCCGCUGUCUCCCCUGCUGGAACCGGCAACGGCUUAACCCCCUCCAAUGGAUCGCCCAAGACCUACAUUUCAAUCCUCGGUUGUCUUGCAGCUCUUGUUGUCGCUCUGUAG